AUGGAGAGCGGCGGAGGCGAUUUCUUCGUCAUCAAUGACGUCGAGGAGGAUCAGGAGGCGGGGGUGGCGGACGCACGACCGUCAGAGCAGGCUCAGGAGACAGAGGCCGAGACCACGGAGGACGUCAAGGGGCUUGUGCCGCUGUGCGCGCAGCACGUCCAAGGCCCGCAGCUCAGCAGUGCCACGUUCGGGUACGACAUCGCGCUGAUGGCGAAGCGGCCGUGGGCCGAGCCUGGCGCAAAGCUGAACGACUACUUCAACUACGGUUUCAACGAGCAGAGCUGGCGCGUGUACUGCGCUAUGCAGGAGAACGGCGAAGAGUCGCUGCUUGCCAAGGCCACAGCGAUGCUGGAGAAGCUGCAGCUGGCGGGCGCUCCUCCGGCGGCGGCGGCGAUGGGAGCUGGUGGCCAUGUCGCGCGUGAGGAGCCGCCCAUGAUGAUGGCUGGCGGCAUGAUGGAGGGCUAUGGCGACGGUGGCCCUUACGGCGGUGGUCACGGUCUGUACGGCGGCCAGGAGGGCCCGGGUCGUGGUGGCGGCUACGGGCGGCCCUACCAGCCUCGCGAGUUCAACCCGCACGGCGGCGGCAGCUUCGAGCGUCCUCACAAUGCUAACUACAAAACGCGGCUGUGCAAAGGCUUUGCUGAAGGUCACUGCAACCGCGGUGAUCAGUGCAACUUUGCCCAUGGUGUCGACGAGCUGCGGCAGUGUGGCGGAGGGGAACCCAUACAGCCGCAGCUGCCGCCGGGGGGAUUGGUCGGCGGCGGCUCCGCACCUCCUCCGAUGGCACAAGGCUACGGCGAUCACCGGCCUGGGUUUAACAACUACUACACGCCUCCACCUCCGCAAGUGAUGGCAGGUGGCGCACCGCCGCAGGCCCCGGAGCGUGUCAACUACCUCAUGCCCCCCUUCCAGGGGGGUGGCGGAAUGCCGCCAGUGAUGGGACCUGCUAUGUCUAUGCAAGACAGUGGCGACGGCGCAGGCAGCGGGUUCCGGCAGCCCCCGAAGAGGCCGCGCCAGGAAGGCGGCGGCGUUUACGAGCCUCAGUACUGA